AUGGAGAAAGACGAUGAAAUGAGGUUGACUCAUUGUUUUUGGGCGGAUGCCACGACUAGGAAGUCAUACCAAUAUUUUGGGGACGUAGUGGUUUUUGAUACAACGUACAACCCAAACCGAUACCGUAUGAUCUUUACACCUAUACUAGGGGUUAAUCACCACAGGCAGACUACGCUAUUUGGGUGUGGGCUUUUAAGUGAUGAAUCGAGUGAAUCUUUUGAGUGGCUAUUUAAAGAAUGGUUGAAAGCAAUGCCAGGAGGCCCACCCAAAAUGAUCAUAAUUGAUCAGGAUCUGGCGAUGACAAAGGCAUUUGCUAAUAAUUCUGAGAGCCCUGAAGAGUUUGAGGCUAAAUGGGCAGACGUUGUACACAAAGCCAACCUAUCCUCCAAUGAAUGGUUGAAAGCCAUGUAUGAAAUCCGUGAGAGAUGGAUUCCGACAUAUAUGAAACACAUGUUUUCCACCCACAUGACUAGUAGUCAAAGGGCUGAGAUUUCUCAUUCUUUCUUCAAGAAGUAUGUUUCGUUAAAUAAUUCAUUGUACGACUUUGUCACGCGGUUUGCUACGGGGCUUUCUCACAUACGGCAUAAUGAAUUGGACUUGGAUCAUAAAGAUCUCAAUGAGAAGCCACAACUGAUAACAUCAUUUCCCAUGGAGUCUACAAUGAGUGAGUUGUAUACAUUGGCCAUAUUUCACAAGUUUCAAGAUGAACUCUUUCAAAUUGGGGGAUACAUGGUUAAGAUGACACAUGAGGAUGAACACUAUUUUUUCUACACUGUUGAGAGGGCAAAGAAUUCCAUGUCGGCAUUUGUUGGAUUACUACAAUAG